AUGUCAAUAUCAUGUGAAAACAACAAGUACCCGACCGCCCACGGCGGCAACCUCGGGAUCUUCGAGCCCCCCACCCAAAGCCCCGGCCCCCGCGUCUUCGCCGUCGCCUUCGACAUCUACUCCCAGAACCCGGGCUACAUAAAACUCGGCAUCUGCAUCCGGUCUAGGACUCCCAAGAGUUUCAUCAAGGUCCCCGAUUCGUUCCUCGGGACCAACCUGAAACUCAAAGUCUCCUACGACUCGGCCAACAAAUAUAUCAGCGCCUCCGUCUCCAACGGCAAUAUGACUUUCCCAGAGAGCUUUCCGUACGACUUGAGCGAUUUUCUUCCUCCCAAGGUUGAAGUCGGCCUCGCCUCCUCCACGGGCCAGUACGUUGCGGUUCACGACGUCUUCUCCUGGGGUUUCAAAAAGGGUACUGCUGCACAGGCCAUAGCACUCUAUGAGUGA